ACCGGGCUGUAAUUAGAAGGACCGAUAUCAACUGGGACUGCAAAAACAUGGAAGAACAGGAAGAAAAUGACGAUAUUUUUCAUGACAUUUUCAUGUCAGAAGAAAGGUCUCAAAGCCAAGGAUUCACUACUGGACAGCAAGUUGGUCAGAAGACCGGGUUGGAAGAUGGGUAUAGGUUAGGCUGGGAGAAGGGUGCAGGUGUUGGAUCAGAGCUAGGAUUUUAUGCUGGAUUCUGUCGACAGUUAUUGCAGAAAUUAGAGGAUUCUAAGGAAGGCAAACAAAGAGCCAUUAAAGCUGCCCAAUCCUUGCUGAAGUUGGUAGAUGACUUCCCUCUGACAAACCCUACCCAUCCACAGCUAUUCGAACUGGUACAGCAGAUAAGGUCAAAAUUUAAACAGCUGACAUCUGUACUGGGUAUCAGUGCUAGCUAUAAUGAACCAGAGAGGAAGGGGGUAUCUUUUUGAUGGCUGUGAAAUUGUCUGCUGCACGGGGUCCCACUACCAGUGUGAUUCACCCUUGUUAACAACUCUACAGAUGACUUUGGGAUCACCAGUAAAAGAGAAAAGAGUGGUCUAGCUUCAAAUCAGAGAGGAGAAAACUCUAAGCAUUGAUGGUAUAAAUACCUCAAUGUGGCACUAUAGCUGCAUGUUAAUACAUGUAAUAGGAACAACUAGAUUGAAAGGAAAGAAAAGCAGUGAAGUAGGGGCAGCAUUUACUGUGAGGUGGAGUGCAAUACAAAUCGAUUUGAAAUAAGACAUUCUCAUGUGCUAUUUUUGUAUACAUAUUUAGAUCAAUAAAAUGCUAAAUAUUGAAGAAGAAAAAUCCAAAAUGU